CUACUGGCUGCGUGUUUCCGGAAGACGUGGCGGCUCUCGCCUGGGUGGCCUCCCGGCUGGAUUUCUACCGACUCAGCUUCUCUUUGAGCAUUGCAAGCGGCUGCCGGCCGCUGCCCUCGCCGCUGCAGCCAUGAUCUCCUUAACGGACACCCAGAAAAUUGGAAUGGGAUUAACAGGAUUUGGAGUGUUUUUCCUGUUCUUUGGAAUGAUUCUGUUUUUUGACAAAGCACUACUGGCUAUUGGAAAUGUUUUGUUUGUGGCUGGUUUGGCUUUUGUAAUUGGUUUAGAAAGAACAUUCAGAUUUUUCUUCCAAAAACAUAAAAUGAAAGCCACUGGAUUUUUCCUGGGCGGUGUGUUUGUGGUCCUCAUCGGUUGGCCUUUGAUAGGAAUGAUCUUCGAAAUCUAUGGAUUCUUUCUCUUGUUCAGGGGUUUCUUUCCCGUGGUGGUCGGCUUCAUCAGAAGAGUGCCCGUGCUGGGGUCCCUCCUAAACCUGCCUGGAAUCAGAUCAUUUGUAGAUAAAGUUGGAGAAAGCAACAAUAUGGUAUAACAACGAGUGAAUCUGAAGACUCAUUUAAAAUAUUGUAUUAUUUAUAAAGUCCUUUGAAGAAUAUUCAGCACAAAAUUAAUUUACAUGAAAUAGCUCAUAUUGUUCUUUACAGAAGUGUAAAAAAAAAGAAAAGUAUAGCCUACAAAGUAGCGACAGCAAGCAGCAAAGAAGCAAUGGAAACAGGCUUCUGAUGAAGGGUUCCGGAAGCCGGGCUCUGCCUGAGGGAGAGGAGGGCCGAGCCGCGACGGGCCUGGGGAC